CGGCUUGUAAAAUGAAACAGCUCGCCGAGCUGAGUCACAGGUGGCCUUGCACCUUCCAGUUGCAGGUUCCGGCGCAGUGUGCAUGUCUCUGCAUGGAGCUGAGGUGUACGUGUGUCAGCCCUCAGAGACCUCCGGUGUUUACUGUUUACCGUGUGCGGCUUUGUUUACCCAGCGCUGCUCGGUUCGGACUCCUCAUCGCUGCAGUUGUGCAGGUCAAAUCCGUUUAGCUCGGCCUCCCUGUGGACCACAGCAGUGUCCAGUGUGUCCAGUGGCAGAGCUGAAGGCAUCCUGUGGGCAGCAUGUCUUCUGAGACUACGUCCCCUGUGCGGGCAGCCCCGUCCACCACACCCCCUCUGUCCCCCAGCUCUCCGAUAUCGCCCAGCUCCCUGCGUCUGCCCCCCUGCCGCCAUAGGGACCGCUCCCCCUCACCCAUGAGGGGCUACUUGAUCCCCAGCCCACUGCCCACCCGCCGCAACCGCACCUGCUCCGCCUCUGCUCGAGCCUCGGAGGGACCCGUCUUUUCUGGGGUGUGCAAGUGCUUUUCACGAUCUAAAGGGCACGGCUUCAUCAAACCGUUGGACGGAGGCGCUGACAUCUUCGUGCAUAUCUCAGACAUCGAGGGAGAGUAUGUUCCAGUAGAAGGUGAUGAGGUCAGCUACAAGAUCUGCUCCAUCCCACCAAAACAUGAAAAGAUCCAGGCGGUGGAAGUGACCAUAACUCAUCUGGCUCCGGGCACCAAGCACGAGACCUGGUCAGGGACGGUGGUCGACUCCUGAAAAAUGACGGUGCUCUGAACUGCCGGUUUGAGAGUGAUGGUUGUGUUCUGGAAUUGGGGGGGGGGGCGGUUAGAUUGUCCUCUGUUGGGGGUGGCGGGGGGGUGGUGGUUAGAAGAGGGCUAAAUGGUAACUAUGAGCUGACAGCAGGUGGCGUCCGAAGAAAAAUAUUGAAGAUAAUGCUUGCCUUUAUUGUUCUCUCUUCUGUGAACUUGUUUCCAAUGAUGAAACUUUUUGUUUUAUGUGCUGUGAGAAAUCAUUGCUGCCGGCUAUACACUAACAGUUAGUGGCUCAGUAUCAUAAAGGAUUAUUAGCUGUUUUUGUGGGUGGAUACGCUGCAAGAAACAGACUGUAUGCUCUUAACAAUAAAGCCUUAACUCAUCUACUGCAGUUUGUGGCCUACAUAGAUCUCAGAAAUGGUUUAUUUUUAUGUGAUGGGGUGAAAAAAAAAACUAAAGACUUCUUCCUAAUAUGAGCUUGCUGUAAAAAACAAUGUGCCAAUAUAUCUUCUUGAUUAUG